CAAAUGUUUCGAAGCUUCACUAGUGGGCGGUACUUUGUAGUUAACUAACUCAAAGUGUUGUAACUUUCUUUGCAAUGGUGGACGUGUAAGUCCUGUCUAACGUUAGAGCAAACAGAUUCAUUCAUAAUGACCGAGGUGUGUAAAGAGGAGUUCGGCACUGCAGUGGGUCCAGUGGAAAAAUGGAUCCUGCUGUCCUGCAGUGUGAGUGUGGAGAUCAUCUCUCUGGGCUGUGUGAUAAAGUCCAUCAAAACAGCAGAUCGCUGCGGUCAAAAUGCGGAUAUAGUGUUGGGAUACGAUGACUUAGAAGGAUAUGUCUCAAACCCUCGCUACUUUGGAGCUGUGGUAGGCCGGGUUGCAAACCGCAUUGCAAAGGGCCGCUUUGUGAUAGACGACAAGGAAUAUAAACUGGCUAUAAACAAUGGACCCAAUGCUCUGCAUGGAGGACUGAAGGGAUUUGACAAGGCCGUGUGGACCACAGAGGCUGUGGAUAACGGAGUGAAACUGCGUCACAGUAGUCCAGAUGGCGAUGAGGGUUACCCAGGGAACCUAAACGCUUGUGUCACCUACACACUGGAGAAGAACACACUGAGUGUGCUGUACCAAGCACAGACUGACCACACUACACCAAUCAACCUCACCAACCAUUCAUACUUCAACCUGGCUGGACAGGGUACACCGGACAUUUACGACCAUGAGGUGACCAUCUCAGCGGAGUCGUACCUGCCUGUGGAUGAUACAAUGAUCCCCACAGGGGAGGUGAAAUCUGUGGAAAAGACCCUGUUUGACCUGAGAAAGCCAGUCCUUCUUGGCUCUAGACUGAAAGAGCUGCCUGGUCCAGGCUUUGAUCACAACUUCUGUCUGAGCUCACCUGGUCAACCGCCACUGGAGCGAAAAUGUGCACGAGUGGUGCAUCCUGGGACGGGUCGUGUCCUGGAGGUGAGCACUACACAGCCUGGGGUUCAGUUCUACACCUCCAACUUCCUGGAUGGCACAUUGAAAGGGAAGGGUGGAGCUUCUUACUCCAAACACAGUGCCUUCUGUUUAGAGACCCAAAACUGGCCAGAUGCUGUUAACCAGCCUAAUUUUCCUGAUGCUCUGCUGAGACCAGGAGAGACGUACACACAUACAACACGCUUCACGUUUUCAGUGGUGUGAAGCUAUAUGAGCAUGUGAAUUUUACUUUUCCAACAUUAUACAAUAGCACUUUUUCCUGACACAUGAUAUUGUAGUUCUGUAAUUGUCAAUAAUUUGCUCAUUUUUUAGUAGAAAAUUGAAACAGUUAUCAGGUGAACAUCCCACUUUUAUUAAAUUAAGAAUAGUAUGCAAGUGGAUGUGUAAACUGAAAUUGUGUAUUGGGUGAUAAGUGACACUUUUGUGUGUAUGAUGCGAGAUGAUCUGAUCUUCUCCUGUAAGAGGUGAUCCAACUUCCACUGCAACUCUUUCAGCCUUUUAGCAGAGUAUACUGCUAGCAUUUGGGAUUUUGGGGAAGCUUUUCAAAAUUUUGCUUAUGUAUGUGACCCUGGACCACAAAAUGUAAGUCACACAGGUAUAUUUGUACCAAUAGCCAAAAAUACAUUGUAUGGGUCAAAAUUAUCGAUUUUCUUUUAUGCCAAAAAU